AUUUGUUAACAAAUUUUAUUUUCGUUGUAUUAGAAAAUACAUAGAAACAAAGAGAUCAAAAACACCGAGUGUGGUUGCAUCAAAAUGGAUCCAGAUUGCUUCGCCAUGUCGUCAUACCAGUUCGUUAACUCACUAGCCUCAUGCUACCCACAGCAAAUGAACCCACAACAAGGCCACUCAGGCACAAGCUCCAACACUGGCAACAGCAACGGGGGAGCGGGGACGGUGGUCACAAGCGGAGGACAGGGUACCUCCGGAGCGGUCACACCGAGUGCAAACGACUAUUUCCCGGCAGCGGCCGCAUACACUCCAAACCUGUACCCAAAUACCCCGCAGGCGCACUACGCAAACCAGGCGACUUAUGGCCUGGGCUCUGGUGCGACCAGUGGAAGCCAGGCCAAUCCCGAUAUGGUUGACUAUACACAGCUGCAGCCGCAGCGACUGCUGCUGCAGCAACAACAACACCAGCACGCCCAUGCGACAGCGCAGCACGCAGCGGCGUCCGCUGUCGCCCAACAACAACAACAGCUGGCCCAGCAGCAACAACACCCGCAACAGCAGCAGCAACAACAGCAGCAACAGCAACAGGCAAGCAUAAGUUGUAAAUACGCAAACGAUCCGUCGACGCCAGGCAGCAAUAACAAUAAUAAUAGUGCUAACAGUAACAACAACAAUCAGUCGCUGGCUAGUCCGCAGGACCUUUCAACUCGGGACAUCUCGCCAAAACUAUCACCCAGCUCGGUCGUUGAGAGUGUGGCACGAUCUCUGAACAAAGGAGUCUUGGGCGGCAGCUUAGCAGCGGCCGCGGCUGCCGCUACGCUCAGUAAUAGCAACCACAAUGCUGGUGGUAGCGGGGGUGGCGUCAAUGUGAAUGUACCCUUGCAUAGUCCAGGUGGCGACUCAGAUUCGGAGAGCGACAGCGGCAAUGAAGCGGGAAGCAGCCAGAACAGUGGCAAUGGCAAAAAGAAUCCACCUCAGAUCUAUCCAUGGAUGAAACGAGUACAUCUAGGACAGAGUACUGUUAAUGCCAAUGGCGAAACGAAGCGACAACGGACCUCAUACACCCGCUAUCAAACUUUAGAACUAGAGAAAGAAUUCCAUUUCAAUCGAUACCUGACGCGCCGGCGACGCAUCGAAAUCGCACACGCGCUUUGCUUGACGGAGCGCCAGAUCAAGAUUUGGUUUCAGAACCGGCGCAUGAAGUGGAAAAAGGAGCACAAGAUGGCUUCCAUGAACAUCGUGCCCUACCAUAUGGGCCCCUACGGUCAUCCCUACCACCAGUUCGAUAUCCAUCCGUCACAGUUCGCACAUCUGAGCGCAUAGGACGCGUGGCACUUUUCGGGUAGUGGUUAGAGACUCAAUCAGUUGUAUCAAGAACCAUAUCAGGCGGCGACAGCGGCUAGCGUGGCCGGCGGCUACCAGUCUCAGAGUACUCAGGAUGCUUCCGCAGCUGUAUUGGGCGGAGGUGGUCCAGGCAGCAGCGGAGGCAGCAGCACUGGUCUCUCCGGAAA